AUGCCUUGCAAUCAGUGUCCGCUUGGAGACUGCGGCUGCGCUCGACCUUGCUGCUACUAUCAGAAUCCGUCGUGCUGCGCUCAAGGAAAGCCAUGCUGUCCACCUCAGCCACCACCUCUUCCCUGCUGCCCUGCGAUUCCGCUGCCCAACGUGGGAUGCCUGGCAACAGUACCUCCGUGCCUAAGAGCCUGUCCCACUUGCCCGUGUCGGAAGCGAAUAAUGCUGGGAAAACGUGCUAAACGUCAUGAUGCCCUACAUUGUCAACCCGGCGCUCAAGCAACGGGUAAAAUUAGUGGAGUCGGACCAAGCGCGGUUAUUGAAGAGCCUGCUCGUGCUGUCGCUGCUUCCACGAAAACUCUUCGUAAAGUCAAAACCGUUCCUGUUUCUGAGGAUAGCAGCAUAGAAGCGCCACCACGUGCUGGUAGGCUAUACGAGCAGGAUCGAGCUCGACGAGUGAAACGAAGCGGG